AUGGCCUUUAACUUUGCCGGUGCACAAGGAUACAUGAACGGUCUUGAGGAGAUUGCCAACACUUGUAAGGAACUUCAAGAGCUUAGGGUGUUUCCUUCUGAUCCAUUUGCUCCAGGACCUAAUGUAUCCUUGACAGAGCAAGGCCUUGUAGCUGUCUCAAUGGGCUGCCUUAAGCUUCAGUCAGUUUUAUACUUCUGCCGCCAAAUGACAAAUGACGCCUUAGUUACUAUUGCAAGGAACCGUCCUAACAUGAUCCGAUUUCGUUUGUGUAUUAUCGAGCCUCGAACUCCUGAUUACUUAACCCUUGAACCACUUGAUGCUGGUUUUGGGGCCAUUGUGCAACACUGCAAGGAAUUGCGGCGACUUUCUCUUUCUGGCCUCCUUACAGAUCGUGUGUUUGAGUACAUCGGGGUCCAUGUUAAGAAGUUAGAGAUGAUUUCCUUAGCUUUUGCAGGGGAUAGCGAUCUAGGCCUCCACUAUAUUCUCUCUGGUUGUGAGAGCCUCCGUAAGUUGGAGAUUAGAGACUGCCCUUUUGGCGAUGAGGCUCUGUUGGCUAAUGCUGCAAAGCUGGAGACAAUGCGAUCCCUUUGGAUGUCUAAUUGUUCAGUAAGUUUUGAAGCAUGUAAGCUGUUAGCCCAGAAGUUGCCAGGGCUUAAUGUUGAAGUUAUAGAUGAGAGGGGUCAUCCGGAUACGAGACCAGAAAGUUGCCCUGUUGAGAAACUUUACAUAUACAGGACAGUGUCAGGAAGGAGGUUUGACACUCCUGGUUUUGUUUGGAAUAUUGAUGAAGAUGCAGCAUUGACUCCAUAUAGCAACGGGAAUUGCUCUCUGGUUUCUUCUUAG